ACUACCACUACCACUACCACUACCUCAACAACUACCACAACAACUACCACUACCACUACAACUACAACAACAACAACUACCACUACCACUACCUCAACUAAUACUCAGAGAUCAGUACCACCACAAUCCACAACCACAAUCCACCACCACACAACCACCACCACCACCAUAUCCACCACCACAACCACAACCACAUCCACAAUCUACAAUCCAACGCUUCAAAUGGAAAGAGGUUGAUGCCAAUUCCUCGAUUGGCAGUGACAGCGGCUGCAGCGGCUGCAGCGGCAACAGAACUGUGGCAACAUCUCCCAAACAUUGCCGCAUCCGGCCCGACGACCUGCCUUACCCUGCCUGCCAAGUCUCAAAGAAGGCAGAAAGGACGUGACUGACGGGUGACGCCGACCACCAAGCCGACCAUACAACGUCAACUCCCAAAGGCAGGGAGCGGGGAGGGGCGGGAGGGGAUGGGGGGGGAUAUCACCCCCUCCCUCCUCCCUCCUCCCUCCUCCCUCCCAGGUGGGGUAUGGAACGUCACUGUUGCCCCGCGUCGGCAUGGAUGGGGUUCUCCAAUUCCCACGUUUCUUCUUCCCCACCUACGUAGGCUUCGGGGAUGACCAACCCACCACCAUCGUCACCACCAUCGACGCCGCUUCGGUCGGUGGGGGGUCGUGGUCAGUACUGUACUCUUCACAGACCUGUCCACGAGCCGGCGGGGAGGGCGGGGACUGGAGGUAGAUAUGCCAUCAGGGUCCCCGCCAGGGGGAGGGUUGGAUAGGUAUUUUCUUUUCUUUCAUACACCCGAUCCUAUACUUUCAUACAUAGUGGCUUGGUGUUUUGUUAUAUGAAGUAAUAUCGUGAGAAGAGGGGAUGUUGUCUUGGUUAAUAUACCACCUACCUACCAACCUACCGACCUACCUGCUGAGCUUGUCUAAGAUCUAUUUUGUCUACCUCGAGCUGGCUCUACGAAGAUAAACUGCUGUUGCGUCGUUCAUCCAUCCAUCAAUCCACCAUCCUCUUAUCUACACCUUCACACAACACAACCGCAGCCAUGCGUCUCAUCAUCCGCGAGAAUUCAGACUCGGCGUCCGAGUAUAUCGUCAACUAUACCAUUAACAGAAUCAAACACUUCAACCCCACGCCCGCGCACCCCUUCGUCCUCGGUCUCCCCACCGGCUCCAGCCCAGUCGUCAUCUACCGCCUCCUCGUCGCCGCCUACAAAGCGGGCCGCAUCUCCUUCGAGAAUGUCGUCACCUUCAACAUGGACGAAUACAUCGGCAUCCCCCAGAACCACCCUUCCUCCUACCACACUUUCAUGUACACCCACCUCUUCGCCCACGUCAACAUCCCCCCGCAAAACAUCCACAUGCUCUCCGGCACCGCCCCCAACCUCGAAGCCGAGUGCCUCGCCUACGAGGCCGCCAUCCGCUCUGUCGGCGGAAUAGACCUCUUCCUCGGCGGCAUCGGUCCAGAUGGACACAUCGCCUUCAACGAGCCCGGAUCCUCCCUCGCGAGUCGCACGCGCGUCAAGACGCUCGCGUAUGAUACCAUCCUCGCGAAUGCGCGGUUCUUCGGAGGGGACGUGGAGAAGGUGCCGAAGAUGGCACUGACGGUGGGGGUGCAGACCGUGUUGGAGGCGAGGGAGGUGGUGAUUGUUAUCACUGGGGCGCACAAGGCGUUGGCGCUGCAGAGGUGUAUUGAGGGGGGUGUGAAUCAUAUGUGGACGCUGUCGAGUCUGCAGUUGCACCCGCACCCGAUGAUUGUGGUUGACGAGGACGCGACGUUGGAGUUGCAGGUUAAGACUGUGAAGUACUUCAAAUCCAUCGAAGCCGUCGCCGCCUCCCAGGGCUUCGAGCAGAUCCUCCCCUCCGCCGCGCGCACCGGCCCCCGGCCCCCCGCCAUCGACGCCCACUACGUCAACGGCGCCAACGGGAUCACCACCAACGGCACUGUCCCCACCAAACUCGCGCCCACCAUCUUGGCGCCGCAGCCGACGACGAGCAUGUUGCUUAGUGCGCCGGCGACGGAUUAUCCUGUCAGGAGCGCUACGCCGGAGUUGGUGCCGGAUAGUAUGGCGUCGAGGAUUGAGAGUGCGGGGGAUGUGGAGCUGAAGGGGGACUUGGAGGUGGACAGUAUGGCGUCGAGGAUUGAGGCGUAGUGGGUGGGAGGGAAAGGGAGGGGGGGGUUGGAUGGAUGAAAGGAGAAAGUGAGAGAGGGAGAGAGGGAUGA